UGCAGUUGAGUAGGCUAUUUAGAGCUUGCAGUAUCGACUGCUCGAGUGUGCUCUCUACCGCUCAGUGCGCGCUGUCCAUACAUCAAAAUACACUUCUAUACAAAUCUCUCUCUCUCCUAUGCUGACUUUUUGAUUUUUACAGUACAGGAUACGGAGUCAUUCAUUUGGAAACACGUUCAUGUGAGAGAGGAGAGAGGCGCAUUUACCGGGAGAUGGGAAAAAGUAUCAGGCAGCGCAUAGACAACACAGAAUUUGACUAAUGUGCGUGGAGAGCAACUUUUUAACGACACUAUAGCUGUAAAGGUUAAUUGAACAAUAACUGAAUAUGCAUCUAAAGCGCAUCUUCAGUCUCCUCCAUCAGUUAUGUUUUCUUGGAGCAUUUGCCAUUGCAGAUCCACACCCCUUCCAGGAAUCCGAGUCCGAAAUUAUUUUCCCGGAGGUUUUUCCAGAAACAGGUCCACCGGCUCCUGAUAAACCAAAUAGCCGAGAGACUGACGCCGGCGCCGGGGCUCCAGAUAAACCAACUAGCCGAGAGACUGACGCCGGCGCCGGGAGCAGCUCUCGGGAGGUUCGUUCCAUUUCAAACUGGGAAGAGUACGAAUCUCCAGAGCUAUACCAUUGGGAACCUCAAGGACCGCAAACGACUGAUUCCACAGGGCUGAGACUCAGAAUUCCUGCUUUUGGCAGGGACCUGCACCUCAUCCUGAAGAGAGACACUCGAUUUCUGUCCCAGAAAUUCAUGGUGGAGAGGAGACAGAAAGCACAAAAGGCAUCUCGGAGCAGUAUGCCAGUUUCGUCCGCUGCCAACACAGAAGAGAGAGGAUGCUAUUACAGCGGAACUGUUCUCAAUUACGCAGGAUCCAUUGCCUCAUUCAGCACCUGCGCAGGACUGAUGGGCUUCAUUCAACUCAAUGGAGACUUCCUCUACAUCGAGCCUGUCAAUAAAACGCUGGCCGUCACGGGACAGGCUCACCGCGUGUACAGGAGGAAGCGCUCCACCACCGAGGAGAGACAGACAGACAAGCAGACGACAGACAAACAGACAAGCAGCAACUACUGUGGAGUCAUUCCAGAAAGACAGAAGAGUAAGAACAGGAAGCCGUCUGAGGGAGGCAGAGGGAAACGGUACUCGUAUAAACUACUCCACGAGUACAACGUGGAGACUGUGGUGGUGGCCGACCCGGCCAUGGUCAGCUACCACGGCUCAGAGGCAGCCAAACGAUUCAUCCUCACCAUCAUGAAUAUGGUUUUCAACUUGUUUCAACACAAGAGCCUGGGAAUACAGAUUAAUAUCAGAUUGACUAAACUUGUGCUGCUUCACGAAACACCAUCAGACAUGUAUAUUGGUCACCAUGGUGAGAAGAUGCUGGAGAGUUUCUGUCGUUGGCAGCAGGAGGAGUAUGGGAAGAAGAGCGUGAUGUCAGACUUUAGCACUCGGUGGAGGGAGGACUUACCCUCCGUGGACACGGCCAUUCUAAUCACACGGAAGGAUUUCUGCGUGCAUAAAGAUGAACCCUGUGACACUGUAGGCAUUGCCUACCUGAGCGGCAUGUGCAGCGAGAGAAGGAAAUGCAUCCUAGCUGAGGACAACGGCCUCAACCUGGCCUUUACCAUUGCUCACGAAAUGGGCCACAACAUGGGCGUGAGUCACGACAACGACCACCAGUCGUGUGCGGAUGGCCUCCACAUCAUGUCAGGAGAAUGGGUCAAAGGUCAGAACCUGGGCGAUGUUUCCUGGUCCGGCUGUAGCCGUGACGACGUGGAGAAGUUCCUCCGGUCCAAGGCCAGUAGUUGUCUCCUCCAGACCGACCCGCUGAGCUUGAACUCAGUGAUCCUGCCAUUCAAACACCCAGGGAUGACCUACACGGCAGAUGAACAGUGUCAGAUCCUCUUCGGAACCACCGCCUCCCACUGUCAGAACAUGCAGUAUGUGAUGUGUUCAGGGCUGUGGUGCCGGGUGGAUGGAGAGAAGGAUUGUAAAACCAAACUGGACCCACCCAUGGAUGGCACAGAGUGUGACCCUGGAAAGUGGUGUCGUGCUGGGGAGUGUGUGAGCAGAGCGGUGCCAGUGGAGCCAGCCAUGGGGGAGUGGAGCACCUGGGGGUCCUGGGGAACAUGCAGUCCAACCUGCAGCACUGGCAUCAGUGGACGCCAGCGCAAGUGUGAGAGUCCCAGUGGGAAAAGCCGGGACUGUGUCGGCUCCAGGAUGCAGUACAGGCUGUGUGAGAACCUGCCCUGCCCUGCUGGGAGCCCCAGCUUCAGAGACCAACAGUGCCAGACCUUCAAUCGCCCCUCCCUACACUGGCACUCCGUCAUGGAUGAUGAGAGGCCUUGUACACUGUUCUGUUCCUCCACAGGGAAAGAGCAACCCCGUCUCCUAGCUGAGAAGGUGCUGGAUGGAACCUCCUGCGGCUCUCAGGAGUCUGGCCUCUGUGCUAACGGGACAUGUCAGAAAGUGGGAUGUGACAGGAUCCUGAGUUCGAUGGCAAGAGAGGACCACUGUGGGAUGUGUAACGGCAAUGGCAAGUCUUGUAAGGUCAUCAAGGGGGACUUCAACCACACCAAAGGAGCAGGCUAUGUGGAAGCUGUGAUCAUCCCCAAAGGGGCCAGGAGAAUCAGAGUGGUGGAGGAAAAGCCUGCACAGAGUUAUUUGGCACUCAAAGACACAAACAAGCAUUCCAUCAACAGCGACUGGAAGAUAGACCGCCCAGGAGCCUUCAACAUGGCGGGCACCACCGUUCACUACGUCCGGAGAGGAUUGUGGGAGAAAAUGUCAGCCAGAGGUCCCACUACCUCCCCGCUGCAUCUCAUGGUGCUGCUGUUCAAUGAGCAGAACCAUGGCAUCCAUUACGAGUACACCAUCCCCACAGAGGCUAACAUGGAACCCCAGGGGGGAUUAGGACCGGGGGCCCAGCCCAGCGAACCCCUCUUCAUGUGGACCCACUCUGGCUGGGAGGACUGCCAUGCCGUGUGUGGAGGAGGAGAAAGAAAGACAAUCGUCACCUGCACUAACAUUGUCAACAAAACUACAAGUGUGGUGGACAACCGAAGAUGUCGUCACCUGACCAAACCUGAGCCUCAAGUCCGCAAGUGCAAUGAGCAGCCCUGCCAGACAAGGUGGAUGAUGACUGAGUGGACGUCUUGCUCUCGUACCUGUGGAAGAGGCUCUCAGAGCAGACAGGUUGCCUGCACCUUGCAGCUAGCCAACGGCACCCUGGUCAAAGCCAAGGACCGCGACUGUGCCGGCCCCAAACCGGCCCCCACACAGCGCUGCGAGGGCCAGGACUGUCUCACCGUGUGGGAGGCUGGCGUGUGGUCUGAGUGCUCGGUGAAGUGUGGGCGGGGGGCGCGCCAUCGGCUGGUGAAGUGCACCAACCCACGGAAGAAGUGUGACCUGUCGACCCUGCCCCGUGAGACGGAGGACUGUGAGGACUACUCCAAGUGUUACAUCUGGAGGACAGGAGACUGGGCCAAGUGCUCGGUCACCUGUGGUAAAAGCAUGCAGUCCCGGGUUAUCCAGUGCAUGCACAAGAUCACCGGGCGCCACGGCAACGAGUGCUUCUCGUCGGAGAAGCCGGCGGCGUACCGGCCAUGUCAGCAGCAGGCGUGCAAUGAGAGGAUCAACGUCAACACCAUCACCUCGCCACGCCUGGCUGCCCUGACAUUCAAGUGUUUACGGGACCAGUGGCCGGUUUACUGCAAAGUAAUCCGCGAGAAGAACCUCUGCCAAGACAUGCGCUGGUAUCAACGCUGCUGUGAAACUUGCCGGGACUUUUACGCACAGAAGAUGCAGCAGAGGAGUUGACCCUCCCCUCACCCCCUCGCCCCCUCCUUCCAGGGGCGAAUUUAGGUGUCAAAUCCUAUGUAUGUAUAUCAAGUGCACUUAUUCCAACACGUGGGAUGGACAGAACACACCUGUUUCAACCUAACCAGCGGUAGAUUAUAAGCACUGUAAAUGUGUCAUUAGUACGUUGUGUUACUGGUAUUGAGUCCAUACUAUGUCAUGUUAUUGGUAUUGAGUCCAUACUAUGUCAUGUUACUGGUAUUGAGUCCAUUCUAUGUCAUGUUAUUGGUAUUGAGUCCAUACUAUGUCAUGUUACUGGUAUUGAGUCCAUACUAUGUCAUGUUAUUGGUAUUGAGUCCAUACUAUGUCAUGUUAUUGGUAUUGAGUCCAUACUAUGUCAUGUUAUUGGUAUUGAGUCCAUACUAUGUCAUGUUACUGGUAUUGAGUCCAUACUAUGUCAUGUUAUUGGUAUUGAGUCCAUACUAUGUCAUGUUAUUGGUAUUGAGUCCAUACUAUGUCAUGAUAUUGGUAUUGAGUCCAUACUAUGUCAUGUUAUUAGUAUUGAGUCGAUACUAUGCUCAUCUUAUUGGUAUUGAGUCGAUACUAUGUCAUGUUAUUGAGGUUGAAUCGAUACUAUGUCAUGUUAUUUGUAUUUAGUCGAUACUAUGGUAAUGUUAUUGGUAUUGAGUCAAUACUAUGCUCAUGUUAUUGGUAUUGAGUCGAUACUAUGUCAUGUUAUUGAAUCGAUACUAUGCUCAUGUUAUUUGUAUUGAGUCGAUACUAUGGUAAUGUUAUUGGUAUUGAGUCGAUACUAUGUCAUGUUAUUGGUAUUGAGUCGAUACUAUGGUAAUGUUAUUGGUAUUGAGUCGAUACUAUGCUCAUGUUAUUUGUAUUGAGUCGAUAUUAUGCUCAUGUUACUGGUAUUGAGUCGAUAUUAUGCUCAUGUUACUGGUAUUGAGUACAUGCUAUUGCCAUCUUUUUGGUAUUGAGUCGAUACUAUGUCAUGUUAUUGAGGUUGAAUCGAUACUAUGGUAAUGUUAUUGGUAUUGAGUCGAUACUAUGUCAUGUUAUUGGUAUUGAGUCGAUACUAUGGCCAUGUUAUUGGUAUUGAGUCGAUACUAUGGCCAUGUUAUUGAUAUUGAGUCGAUACUAUGGCCAUGUUAUUGAUAUUGAGUCGAUACUAUGGCCAUGUUAUUGGUAUUGAGUCGAUACUAUGGCCAUGUUAUUGAUAUUGAGUCGAUACUAUGGCCAUGUUAUUGAUAUUGAGUCGAUACUAUGGCCAUGUUAUUGAUAUUGAGUCGAUACUAUGUCAUGUUAUUGAUAUUGAGUCGAUACUAUGGCCAUGUUAUUGAUAUUGAGUCGAUACUAUGUCAUGUUAUUGGUAUUGAGUCGGUCUAAGCACAUCUCUUUUGAGGGUGUAAUUGUUGACCAGCCUUCACCUGGGAUCCGUUGAGCUGAUAUACUGUAGAUCUACAUAAGGAUCCAACUCUUUGGUGUUUUUGGAGAAGUUUUUGUUUUUAAUAAUGUUAACUCAUGCUAAUAUUUUGUAAAUGUCUUACUAUUUUCCAUACUGUAUUUUUUUCGGGAUUUAUCACAUUGAAAAUCAGACAAAAUCCAUCAAGGUAUACAACUUGUAGUUUCCAUUAAUUUAGUUAACCCCGUAUAAUGUAACCAAUGCAAUAGUGCCAAAAGUGCAAACUACAAACUUCAAGCGUACCAUCGGACCUAGGUCUACUGGUUUCCUAUCAGUUUCUUCCCCAAAAAAACAGAAAGUCCCGCACACUGUUUAUGCUCCCAAGUACCACUGUUUAUCGGACAACAUUUCCAUCUGUAAGGAUCUUCAUCAGGUCAAAACAACCUGACAAAAUGACCUGACGAAGAUCCUUGUGGAUGGAAACGUUGUCUGAUAAAAGGUGCUAUUUUCGGAGCAUAAUCAGUGUGUUGGACUUUCCGGGUUUUUUUUUCUUCUCAAGUUUACUUCUUUAGCCCAGCACAAACAUUUCUAUCUAUUUCAGCAUUGGUGAACUUCAUGCUAUCUGUUUGGUAUAGCCACUGCUGAGACUUUGGCUUCCAGCCGUGAGUAAUUACAAUGACGUUCUUGUCCUUCGUCAAGUUUAGCAAAAAUGUGUUUAGAGAUACAAAUAGUACUGUAUGUUUAAUCUAUCUCAAACAGAAUUCACAAUACUGUCCAUUUAGAAGCAAUACUGAAAGCAGUACAGCUGUAAAGACACUUAGGUUUGAUUGAUAUGAUGUUUUAGGGUUUAGGACUUUCAGCGCUUCAUUUGCUUUGUACAUGUUUGGCUUAAUGUCGAACACUGUAAGCAACAAUGUGGCUUUGGAGGGAUUUGGAUAAUUGAUGAUACUUCUAGUAACGACAGCAAAUAUAUUCUUAUUAUUUAGCUUAAAUGUCUCUUUGUAGUAACGUGCUGUUUAUGUGGUGCUAAUUAGUGUACUUGAGUGAACUUUUGGGGAUCUAGGCUUAAACAUAAAGUGUUGCCAAAUAGCCGAGGCUUGCUUAAAGUUGGAGAAAAUACCUUAUUGUAACAUUUACUGAAUUAAUCUAUGUCUAUGCAUAUGUUAACAAUGGUGCUGCCUUAGGAUCUGUUGGGACUGAAACAAUUGUGUGGAAAGCUUAAAGACUCAAAUCUUUUUCCUCAAAUGUAACAUUGACAUCAGGGGUGUGGUCAGUACGUCACAUAGCGGUGUUCGACGUUUACUUCAACGGAAAUGGUACUGUACUGAACGACCAGUUGAAGAACGGUGUAUGGUGUGUGUGCUGCCUAAACCAGAUCUUUACCAUGAUAAGGCCAGACCUUGCUCGACAUUGCGGUGCCAGCUUUGUCCCGCGUCCCACAGUCGCGUGAGAUUUUAUGGUGUGUGUGUGUGUGUGUGCUGCACGAGUUUUGCGAUUUAAAAUGGUCACACACAUAUUGAUCAGGUCACACCCAUAUUGAUAGGCCCACACAUAUAUUGAUCAGGCCACACCCAUAUUGAUCAGGCCACACCCACCAAACACGGAGCAAACAUACCUCAAAGGCUGUUACGGGAACGCUGCGCAUCGUUUGGGGGAAAUGUAGUUCAGUAGCGAACGUUGAAUCGAACUGAAUGCAUCCCAGUUACGCGCACGGAUCUCUCCAAGUUAGGAUUUAGGUCUCAGCGUCUUCAGGAGGGCUUCUAAAGGGAAAUGAUCCUCCAUUUUAAAUCACAUAUUUCAAAAUUUGUUUAAACAAAAUCACUAAAGGGACAUUGUUUAGUCAUAGAGUAAACUAUCAUUCAUAUUUCCGUCAAAUAGUUAGUACAGUAUGGCCUACCUUGGUUGUGUACACCAGGAUGAGCCCACGGCUGUCUUGUAUGUUAAAGUCAAUGUUAGAACGCCAACAUCUGAACAGCAAGCUGCUUCACUAGAACAAUCUGCUGUACAUGCUAUUCACACAACGAUGACUGUUUCUAGUGUAUCACUCCACGGCCCUCUACUUGAAUAGAGAUAAUGUAGAACUAAGAAACACUGUACAUGUUUACACUGAAGUACUGCUGCACUGGUAUGGGUUGGCUCCGGGGUGAAGGUUCCCCUAGGUACAGCUCUAGGAUCAACUUCCCCUCCAUCAAUCCUGACCUUAAGAAUUAGUGGAGAAAAAAAAUGCUAAACUGACCCUAGAUCAGCGUCUAGGGGCAACUUCACCCUACUCUGGUUCCCAUGAGCCCUCAGUCUAGGCGUCACAUGGUGCAAAAAAAUACUGCUUGGUUUAUACCUUCUGUCAUUGGCUGAAAACAAGUUGAAGUUGAGUGUUGUUGAAUAGAAUUAAAAUGGACAUUUUAUAGCACUGUAAGACCAUGUCAUUUUUUUUAAUGGCUCCUACAUACCUGUAUGUAGCGUUCUCUCGUAAUGUUUUACGGUUGUGUAGGAGAAAAAACUGCCUGCAUAUCAUGUUCCUGAGAAAAUAAUAAAAUACAUUCUCCAUUA